GAGAAGACUGAAAGUCAAAAAUUAAAAAGAUAAAAAAACGAAGAGUCGGAAAUUUCCUGGACGGUUCCAAAUCUUCUUUCAGAGCGCGUGAAAGAAAGGAAAUUAUGUGAGUUUCGUUUGAGGAGAAGACUUCCUACUUCCUUUGGCUGAUCGGUUUUGAAACUACGCGAAAUUCCGCACAACCGAGAAGACUUCCUGCUUCCUUUGGCUGAUCGGUUUUGAAACUACGCGAAAAUCCUCACAACCGAGAAGACUUCCUGCUUUCUUUGGCUGAUCGGUUUAGAGCUCAUUUUUCAGAGUUCUGCAACUCUUUCAAAGCUGGUCUUGCAUAGGAUAUUGCUUGUCGAUUCAAGGAAUUUUUUUUAACAUGAGCAGCCAAAGAGGUUCUUUGAAUGGGUCUUCUUCUUCUUCUGUCGGAUGGAAAUAUGAUGUAUUUUUAAACUUUCAAGGUGAAGACACUGGCAAAAGAUUCACAGAUCAUCUAUUUGCUGCUAUGGAUCGGAAAGGAUUUAAAGUAUUUAAGGGCGACAAAGAACUUGAAAGGGAAACUCCCAUUUCAAUGGAACUCGUCAAAACAAUUGAAGAAUCAAGAAUUUCGAUUGUUGUUUUCUCAAGACGCUAUGCUUCAUGUACUUGGUGCUUGAAUGAACUAGCUAAGAUUGUCGAAUGCAUGAAAAUAAGGCGACAAAUAGUCAUUCCGAUUUUCUAUGAUGUUGAGCCAAGUGUUCCAAGACAUCAAAAGGGAGUCUUUGAAGAAGCAUUUGCUAAACAUGAAGAAAUUUUUAAGGAGAAUUUACAGAAUGUGCAAAUGUGGAGGAACGCUUUACAAGAGGUGGCCAAUCUCAAAGGAUUCCAUUUGAAGGAUAGGCAUGAAAGUGAGUUUAUCAGAGCAAUUGUGGAAGAAGUGUCAAGUAAAUUAGGAGGUUCGACUUCAACAUUUAUGAAUCUGAAGAAACUACUUGUUUCAUGUUUAGAUCAACUGCAAGCACAAGCGCAGACAAUGAGAAUCCAGUGGGGCCGAUCCGUAAUUUCAUCAUCACCUUUUUUUUUUUUUUUAAAUUUUUUUCCAGAAGGUAUCCGAUGACCUGUUCCGAAACCUCACCUAAAGCCAGGUAGAGAUGAGCAUCGGAGCAUGUGAGAGAGUCAACACUCCAACGAGUAGUUGUAUGAGGGCGAGAGACAAAAUCAUCUUUUUUGGAUUUUAUGUCUUUUAUGUUUCAAAUUAUGCACUUUAUUGUUUUUCAGCUGCUUUUAGACAUAUGAUUUGUAAUAAUGAAGGGUUCUUAAUGCAUUUAAAGUAUUUAUUCAGUUUA